AUGGCGGCCACGGAGACGAACAGGUUUGGCUGUAGCAGAGAUAGAGCCAUGGGGAGCUGUGGUGGAGGUCUGAUGGCCGGAGCAGAGACUGAACGCUUUGCUGGAGGUGUGAUGGAGAGGAUCGGCUCUGGGAUGCCUCUUCUGCCCUGGACUCGGCACAUGCUGCUGGUUCUGUGGGACCAGCUGAGGCUGCUGCUGCAUGUGAUCUACUACAGCUUUAUCUCAGUGUUUCAGAUGUUCCGCUUCGAGGUGCACGUGCGCAUCACAGACGACCCCUCCAUAACUUCUGACCCCUCUGAUCCCUUCCUCCUGUCUACACUCACUGACCACAAGGAGGCGCUACUGUCCACGCUGAGAGAGGACGUUGACUCAGGACUGUUCAUGGGACACAGGCCGACGACCUCGUGGGCUGUGGGCGACUGGAGCUUCUUCGUCUCAGACUCCUUAUGCUCAGAUGAGGAGCACAGCGCCUCCUGCUGGAGCAGCGAGGAGGAGCAUGGCAUGGAGUUUGACUGCGACGAGAGCAAAGCAUUAUGGGAGAGUCUCUGCGUGCGCAAUAAUGACCCUUAUGAUCCCAUGUGCUUCUCCGCCUGCGUGUCCACCAGGGGCUGCAGGGGAGGGACCCAGGAAGAGGCAGGUGUGAGGGAAGGGGCCACUGAGGAGCGAAGUGCAUCGUGUAAAACAGAGUUUGGUGAUGUUUGUAGUUCAUUCUGUGAUUCCCCUGAUGUCUGCAAGCCAUCAUGGGAAGUGGAGUCGAUUUCCACAGACUGCUGUAGUCCAGAGGAAGAGAGCAAAGUAUUGUGGGAAGUGGAGUCCAUCUCCCCAGACUGUUUUAGUCCAGAGGAGGAGAGCAAAGCAUCAUGGGAAGGGGAGUCCAGGCAUCCUGAAGCUCCUCUUGGGAGGUUCUGGGGAAGCAGCUCCGAGGAGUCCAGCGAUGAUGAGGAGGAAAGGAGUGAGCUGGGUCCAGGGUCUGGCUCUGGUCUGGAGAGGACUUUGCUCUGUCGCUGUGACAGUAACAGCAGCUGGAGCUCUGAGAGCUCUGACAGUUCUGAGACGUGGGAGCAGAGGGAAGAGAAUCAGCUGAUCUGGGACCUGCUCAGCCACAACAAUGACCCAUUCAACCCCCUGAGCUUCAGCGCCCCCUGCAGUAGAGACCAUAACACAGACCCAUACAACCCCCUGAGGUGCAGAGAGAUGGGCCCCUGCGCUCAGGCCCCUGAGAGCCCCUUACCAAGGAAGAGAAGGAGUGGGCAGAAGCCAGAGCUCCAGCAGAGAAACAUCCAGAGACACUCACACCCACAGAUCACAGUCCAACACUGGAGAAGAGCACCGACCCGGGCCCCUAGGGGCCCCUCAAUUGGGAUCCUCUCUGAAAAGCCUGUGCACCAACUGAAGAAGGUCUGGUUCUCGGACCAGGUCCAGGUCCAUGUCAUGAGGUCGUGGCGCUGGGCUCGUCAGGCGGCCAGGCGCGGCCAGUGGGAGGAGUCAGCGAGAGACCGCGAGAGAUUCAGACGAAGAAUCCAAGAGGCCGAGAGGAUCCUGGGACCCUGUCUGAGACAAGAGGUCAGAGACCAGCGUGCCAGUCUCCAUCAGGACUGA